GCGCCAAUAAUACAAAAUGAACUUUUGUGAGUCUCCAUGAUCAUUCAUCGAUCGUAGUUCGCCGGUGACAGAGAAUUAUAGAGAGAGAAAGAGAGUUGUAGAGAGAGAGAGAUAGAUCAGAAAAUGGUUAUGGAAGAAGAGAGUCGGACUCCGAGGAGUCCAGAGGCGAAGCUCGGGAAGGAGGUGGAGGACCUGUGGGAUGUGCAGGAGUCACAGCUUAGCCCUACGGAGAAGCUCAACGCUUGUUUCGAGAGUAUACCUGUUUCCGAAUUCCCUCAUGCUCCGCCUUCACAAGUAAUUGAAAUAAAAUCGGAUGCAAGUCUGAGUGAAGCUGUCCGGUUGCUGUCUCAAAAUAAAAUUCUCAGUGCACCUGUUGUGAAUGUUGAUGCACCAGAGGAUGCUAGUUGGAUCGACAGAUAUCUUGGGAUGGUAGAGUUUGCAGGCAUUGUCGUGUGGACUCUGCAUCAGUCUGAAAAGAACGACACGUUAGAUGAACCCAACUUAUUUUCAAGCGCAUUAGAGGAUUCUAUGGGACCUGCUGUUGUUGCAGCAGCCACUGGGAUGUCUUCUCCGAGGUAUAGAAGCUCACAGCCUGGAUCUCCAAAGACUGCUGGGAACUUUUUUGAGUUGUUAACGUCCUCCGAUCUCUAUAAAAAUACAAAGGUUAAAGACAUCUCUGGCUCAUUUCGCUGGGCUCCAUUUCUGGCAUUGCAGACAUCAAACUCCUUUCUGACCAUGCUUUUACUGCUCUCAAAGUACAGAAUGAAGAGUGUCCCUGUGGUUGAUCCAGGGGAACAAAAGAUAGACAACAUCAUUACUCAAUCUGCUGUGAUCCACAUGUUGGAGGAAUGUGCGGAUCUCCAGUGGUUCAAAAGCUGGGGAUCUAAGCAAUUAUGUGAGCUUGGUCUUCCCCUGAUGAACGCCAAUCAAGUUAUUAAGGUAAAUGAGGAUGAACCGGUGCUGCAGGCAUUUAGACUUAUGAGGCAGAAGGGAAUUGGUGGAUUACCGGUGGUUAGUGAUGGAAACAAGCCAGUGGCUAAUAUAAGCAUCCGAGACAUUCAGUUCCUCUUAAUCGCCCCCGAGAUUUAUAAAGAUUACAGAUCCAUCACAGCCAAGAACUUCGUAACAUCGGUUAAAAGGUAUCUAGAGGAGAACCAGAAAUCGUCGCCUUUGGUAAGUGGCAUGAUUACUUGUAGAAAAAACGAGACGCUAGAAGAGGUGAUAUCAAAGCUCGACUCGAAAGAGAUUCAUCGUAUAUAUGUGGUGGACGAAGAAGGGAAUCUCGAAGGAGUGAUAACGCUAAGAGAUAUAAUCUCAAGGAUCGUUCACGAGCCUCGUGGCUACUUUGGUGACUUUUUUGAUGGUGUCUUGCCGUUACCCGCAAAUAGUCGGGUUUAACCACUUGCUUGCUUAACUACUUGUAAAAUUUUCCCAUUUCCAGCUUUUGCUUAAUUUGUCUAACAUGAGACUGCUAGUGCUAAAGUUUGUGUUGUGUAUCCGAAUAAAUCAGUUAAGACUAAAUAGAUCUGUUGGGCUUGAUCCAUAUCAUGCAUCAAAGUUUUUGUUUUG